GGCUCCGCCCCCCGCCGUGACCCGGAAGCGCAGCGGAAGCGGCGGGAGCGGGAGAGCGGCAGCCAUGAGUCUCCUGAACAAGCCCAAGAGCGAGAUGACGCCCGAGGAGCUGCAGAAGCGCGAGGAGGAGGAGUUCAACACGGGCCCUCUGUCGGUGCUGACGCAGAGCGUGAAGAACAACACCCAGGUGCUGAUCAACUGCCGCAACAACAAGAAACUGCUGGGGCGUGUCAAGGCCUUUGACAGGCACUGUAACAUGGUGCUGGAGAACGUCAAGGAGAUGUGGACGGAGGUGCCCAAGAGCGGCAAAGGGAAGAAGAAAUCCAAACCCGUCAACAAGGACCGGUACAUCUCCAAAAUGUUCCUGCGCGGAGACUCCGUCAUCGUGGUCCUGAGGAACCCUCUGAUCGCUGGGAAAUAACGGGGAAUUCACAGCUGGAAUCAUCCUGGAACAUCCCAGAACCUUCCAGAACAUCCCAGAACAUCCCAGAACAUCCCAGAACAUCCCAGACAAGGACCGGUACAUCUCCAAAAUGUUCCUGCGCGGAGACUCCGUCAUCGUGGUGCUCAGGAACCCUCUGAUCGCUGGGAAAUAACGGGGAAUUCACAGCUGGAAUCAUCCUGGAACCUUCCAGAACAUCCCAGAACAUCCCAGAGCAUCCCAGACUCCGUCAUCGUGGUCCUGAGAAACCCCCUGAUCGCUGGGAAAUAACAAAUUCCCAAUUGGAAUAAUCCCAGAACAUCCCAGAACCUUCCAGAACAUCCCAGAGCAUCCCAGAACAUCCCAGAACCUUCCAGAACAUCCCAGAGCAUCCCAGAGCAUCCCAGAGCAUCCCAGACUCCGUCAUCGUGGUGCUGAGAAACCCCCUCAUCGCGGGAAAAUAACGGGGGAUUCCUGAUGGGAAUCAUCCUGGAACCUUCCAGAACAUCCCAGAACAUCCCAGAACAUCCCAGAGCAUCCCAGAGCAUCCCAGACUCCGUCAUCGUGGUGCUCAGGAACCCCCUCAUCACUGGGAAAUAACGGGGAAUUCCUGAUUGGAAUCAUCCUGGAACCUUCCAGAACAUCCCAGAACAUCCCAGAGCAUCCCAGACUCCGUCAUCGUGGUGCUCCGAAACCCCCUGAUAGCUGGGAAAUAAUGGGGAAUUCACAGCUGGAAUCAUCCCGGAACAUCCCAGAACCUUCCAGAACAUCCCAGAGCAUCCCAGAACCUUCCAGAACAUCCCAGAGCAUCCCAGACUCCGUCAUCGUGGUCCUGAGAAACCCCCUGAUAGCCGGGAAAUAACGGGGAAUUCACAGCUGGAAUCAUCCCAGAACAUUCCAGAACCUUCCAGAGCAUCCCAGACUCCGUCAUCGUGGUGCUCAGGAACCCCCUGAUAGCCGGGAAAUAACGGGGAAUUCACAGCUGGAAUCAUCCCAGAACAUUCCAGAACCUUCCAGAGCAUCCCAGACUCCGUCAUCGUGGUGCUCAGGAACCCCCUGAUAGCCGGGAAAUAACGGGGAAUUCACAGCUGGAAUCAUCCCAGAACAUUCCAGAACCUCCUGGAACCUUCCAGAACCUUCCCAGACCCCCCCAAGCUCAGAUUUCCCCUCCCCCCUCGUUCCCGGCUGGAUUUUUGGGAUGGAGAAAACGGAAUUUGGGGAUGGGGCAGGAAUUUCGGGAUGGGCGGGAAUUUCGGGACCCCCCCCCUCCCUCCCCCCGUGCCAAUAAAAUCCGUUUCCACCCCUCGA